GAAUUUUGGUAAUUGGCUUCUCUCUCGCGCUUUUCAUCACAUCACAGCGUUCGAUUGAGAAACCCUAGAAUUCUCUUUCCUCUCUGUUUCCCUGAGCCACGACCACCACUCCUCCGCCAUCACCAUGGUCGACCCUCUUGACACCAGCUUAGAUGAUAUCAUCAAGAACAACAAGAAAUCCGGAUCCUCAAACUUCAGGGGCCGCGGCGGUGCUUCUUCUGGACCAGCUCCCUCUCGCCGCUUUAACAAUCGCGGUCUUAAUAGAGCAGCGCCCUAUUCUAGAGCCAAGGCGCCUGAGACGCCUUGGUCACACGACUUGUUUGUAGAUCAUGGUGUGGCGUAUCCUUCACACCCUGCACGGGCCUCUACUAUUGAAACUGGCACGAAGCUUUAUGUUUCGAAUUUGGAUUAUGGUGUUUCCAACGAGGAUAUCAAGGAACUUUUUUCUGAAGUUGGCGAUCUUAAACGGUAUUCUAUAAAUUAUGAUAAAAGUGGGAGAUCAAAGGGAACAGCAGAAGUAGUUUUUUCGCGACAAGCAGAUGCUCUAGCUGCUAUAAAGAGAUACAACAAUGUUCAGCUAGACGGGAAGCCCAUGAAGUUGGAGAUUGUGGGUGCAAACAUCGUGACGCCUGUUCUACCUGCUCCUUCAAAUCCCAAUUUUGGGAACUCAAGUGGAUUUCUUAGAGGCAGUGGACGUGCACUGGGCCGAAACCGGGGUGGUGGACGAGGUCGUGGUCCUGGAAGAGGAGGGCGUGGACGUGGCAAUGGCAGAGGUGGUGGUGAAAAAUUAUCGGCCGAAGAUCUAGAUGCUGAUUUGGAGAAGUACCAUGAAGAAGCAAUGCAGAUCAAUUAAAUCAUUUGGUGUCAUUUUCUGGGGCUUGAUAUCCAUAACUUCGUUAGGUUCUUGGUGAUAAAUGUGAUGAGGACAUCGUUUUCUGUUUUGCGAGUCAUAUCAAGAAGCCUUGACCUUGAGAGAACCGCUAGACCUUGCUAUGAUGUGGAGUUUGAGCUUGAAUUGUUGUUUGUUGCAGUAUACUAUAAAGAGGUGUUAACUAAUGCUUGAAUGUAAUCUCAUGUUAUCUAUUUUGAUUUGCUCCAA